AUGGAGCGGCGGAGCGGGCUCGGGCUGGCGGCUCUGGGCGCUCUGGGCCGGCGGCUGCUCUGGGCGCUGCCCGCUUACGCCGCGGGGCUGCUGGGGCUCGGUGCGGGCGCCGUGGUGCUCGCCCUGGCGCUCUACGCGGGCUGGCGGCGGCGGCGGCGCGCCCGAGAGCGCGGGAUGCGCGCGGCCGAGCGCCUGCACCGUGAGGAAGAGGCGGCGGUGCGCGCCGCCGCCCGCGGGGAGCUGCCGGCCUGGGUCAGCUUCCCGGAUGUGGAGCGGGCGGAAUGGCUCAACAAGGUCCUGGCGCAGGCCUGGCCGUUCCUGGGCCAGUAUCUCGAGAAGCUCCUCACGGACUCGGUGGCCCCGGCCAUCCGCGCCUCCAGCCCCCACCUGCAGAGCUUCACCUUCACCAGGGUGGACCUGGGACAGAAGCCCCUCCGUGUGCUGGGGGUCCAAGCCCACCCCGGAACCCACAAGAAGCAAAUCCUGCUGGACCUCAACAUCAGUUACGUGGGCGACGUCCAGAUCGAUGUGGAGGUGAAGAAAUUCUUCUGCAAGGCGGGGGUGAAGGGGAUGCAGCUGCACGGGGUGCUCAGGAUCAUCCUGGAGCCGCUGCUGGGGGAUGUGCCCAUCGUGGGGGCGCUCAGCAUGUUCUUCAUCCGCCGCCCGACGCUGGACAUCAACUGGACAGGAAUGACCAACCUGCUGGACAUCCCGGGGCUCAGCUCCAUGUCGGACUCGAUGAUCAUGGACAGCAUCGCCUCCUACCUGGUGCUGCCCAACCGGCUCCUGGUGCCGCUGCUGCCCGACCUGCCCGAGGCCGCGCGGCUGCGCUGGCCCCUGCCCCGGGGCGUGGUGCGGGUGUCCCUGGUGGCCGCGCGCGCGCUCCGCUCCAAGGAUCGCUUCCUGGGCGGGCUCGUCCAGGGCCGCUCGGACCCGUACGCGCUGCUCAGGGUGGGGACACAGGCGGCGACGAGCAGGGUGAUCGGGGACAGCCUGGAGCCCGAGUGGGACGAGAUGUACGAGUUCAUGGUGCACGAGGUGCCGGGGCAGGAGCUGGAGGUGGAGCUCUAUGACAAAGACCCCGACAAGGACGAUCUGCUGGGCAGGAUGAAGCUGGACCUCGGGGAGGUGCUCAGAGCUCGGGUGAUGGACGAGUGGUUCCCGCUGCAGGACGGGGGCCAGGGCCGGCUCCACCUGCGCCUGGAAUGGCUCUCGCUGCUCUCCGACGCCUCCAAGCUGGACCAGGUUUUGGAAAAGAACCAAAAAAUCGUGGCCAAGCCCGAUCCCCCGUCCUCUGCCAUCCUCGUGGUGUAUCUGGACAGGGCUGAGGGGCUGCCCGUAAGAAAAGCAGGCAAGGAGCCCAACCCCGUGGUGCAGGUGUCGGUGCAGGACGUGACCAGGGAGAGCAAGGUGGUCUGCAACACCUCAGCCCCCGUGUGGGAGGACGCUUUCCGCUUCUUCCUGCACGACCCCCGCAACCAGGACGUGGAUUUCCAGGUGAAGGACGACCCCCGGCAGUCCCCGCUGGGCUCUCUGUCGCUGCCUCUGUCGCGAUUGCUGCAGUCGCCGUCGCUGUCGCUGUCGGGGCCGUUCCCGCUGCAGCGCUCGGGGCCGGGGGCGCUGCUGCACCUGCAGAUGGAGCUCGGCCCGGCGCGGCCGCCCCCGGCGCAGGCGGAGCCCCCCAAAAGCGACACCGAGGGAGCCCCCCCCAGACCGAGCCAGGCCGGGCCCGACCCCCGCGCCGGCACCGAGCGGGUGCUGCGGGUGCACCUCCUGGAGGCCGAGGCCCUCAUGGCCCAGCACCAGCGGCUCGGGGGUGGGGUCCCGGUGCUCCCGGUGAUCCCGCGGGUGCUGCGGGUGCAUCUCCUCGAGGCCGAGGCCCUCAUGGCCCAGCACCAGCGGCUCGGGGGUGGGGUCCCGGUGCUCCCGGUGCCCCGGGGGGGUUCAGGGCUGUCCCGGGUGCACCUCCUCGAGGCCGAGGCCCUCAUAGCCAAGGACCAGCGGCUCGGGGGCCCCGGUGUCCCGGGGGGGUUCAGGGCUGUCCGUGAGGGGUUCGGGGCUGUGUCCGUGCUGCGGGUGCACCUCCUCGAGGCCGAGGCCCUCAUAGCCAAGGACCAGCGGCUCGGGGGCCCCGGUGUCCCGGGGGGGUUCAGGGCUGUCCGUGAGGGGUUCGGGGCUGUGUCCCGGGUGCUGCGGGUGCAUCUCCUCGAGGCCGAGGCCCUCAUAGCCAAGGACCAGCGGCUCAGGGGCCCCGGUGUCCCGGGGGGGUUCAGGGCUGUCCGUGAGGGGUUCGGGGCUGUGUCCGUGCUGCGGGUGCACCUCCUCGAGGCCGAGGCCCUCAUAGCCAAGGACCAGCGGCUCGGGGGCCCCGGUGUCCCGGGGGGGUUCAGGGCUGUCCGUGAGGGGUUCGGGGCUGUGUCCCGGGUGCUGCGGGUGCAUCUCCUCGAGGCCGAGGCCCUCAUAGCCAAGGACCAGCGGCUCAGGGGCCCCGGUGUCCCGGGGGGGUUCAGGGCUGUCCGGGUUCGGGGCUGUGUCCAUGGGUCUGUCCGGGGCUGUGUCCGUGGGUCUGUCCGGUCACCUCCCGUUCUCCCCGGUUCCCAGCGGGUGCUGCGGGUGCACCUCCUCGAGGCCGAGGCCCUCAUAGCCAAGGACCAGCGGCUCGGGGGCCUCGUCCGCGGCCGCUCCGAUCCCUACGCCCAGGUGCGCGCGGGCGGGAGCCGCUUCCGCAGCCGCGUGAUAAAGGAGGAGCUGAACCCGCGCUGGAACGAGAUUUACGAGGUGAUCGUGGACGAUGUCCCCGGGCAGGACGUGGAGUUCGAUCUCUUUGACAAAGACAUCGACAAGGACGAUUUCCUGGGCAG